AGAUCAUGAAAACACAGCUUCAAGCUUGCUGCAGGAUCACUAUCUUGAUUCAUCUUGGAGAACUGGUAACAGUCUCCCAUGGGCAUUGGACAGCAGCAUUAGUGAAGAAAACAGGGCUGUCAUUGAGAAAAUGUUGCUGGAAGAAGAAUAUUAUUUAUCUAAUAAAUCACUUUCUGAAAAAAUAUGGCUCAAUCAAAAGGAAGCAGAGAAAAGAUCUAUGAAAAGCCCACAUAAGAAAACUGGAAAAGUCAUGGUGCGAUCACCCACAAAAUCAGCUAGCUACUCCUUAAAGUGGACAUCAGAAGAAAAAGAACUAUUUGAACAAGGACUGGUGAAAUUUGGCCGCCGGUGGACAAAAAUUGCUAAGUUGAUUGGAAGUCGUACUGUUCUACAAGUAAAGAGCUAUGCUCGGCAGUAUUUUAAGAACAAGGCAAAAAAUGGUGAUUCUGAAAAGGAAGAGCAAAGUCAGUGUGGGAGCAGUCUUCCCAUUGAAGAUGGGAUAAGGGUAGAAGCAUGGUCAUCUGGAAACUUGAGAGGCCGUGCAGACCCCAAUCUGAAUGCAGUGAAAAUUGAAAAGCUGUCAGAUGAUGAAGAAGUAGACAUAACUGAUGACAUGGAUGAGCUACUUUCUCCUACCUUCCAGCAAGAAACUGGAAAAUCUGAAUUAUCUGUUAUUUCAAAAAGUCCAGUUGAAGAAACAAAAGGAAUGGAACAUGUUCUUUCUUCUGUUGGACACAGCUCUGCAAUUUCUUUACCUAAAGAAGAUCCUCAACAUACCAAGCAAGAUACAGUGGAUGCAUUAGUAUUUCCAGGUGUUGCAGCAACAUGUUCUCAGCACUUGAACAGUGAUAAAUCUGUGACCGUAGAUUACCAGCAAUACAAUAAUUUUACUGAGAAAGCUGAACAAGGCAGACUAGUAACAUCUCAUGGUACGAGACAAGUAACUGAUCAGGAGCUUAAUGAGGAACAGAGAGACCUGGCUGAUAAUGGAUUGCUUUUUCCUUCUCCCUGCCAAGUGGAUGAAGAUCAUCAAGAAGAAGCAGAAGAGCUUAAGCCACCUGAUCAAGAAGUGGAGGUUGACAGAAGCAUCAUUCUGGAAGAAGAAAAGCAAGCUAUUCCUGAAUUUUUUGAAGGGCGCCAGGCCAAAACACCAGAGCGUUAUUUGAAAAUUAGGAAUUAUAUUUUGGAUCAAUGGGAGAGAUGUAAACCCAAAUACCUGAAUAAGACUUCAGUACGUCCAGGCCUUAAGAACUGCGGUGAUGUUAACUGCAUUGGACGGAUCCACACGUACUUGGAAUUAAUAGGAGCGAUUAACUUUGGCUGUGAACAGGCUGUCUAUAACCGACCCCAACCAGCUGAUAAAACACGGUCCAAAGAAGGCAAGGACACAGUGGAAGCGUACCAGCUUGCUCAGCGCUUGCAGUCCAUGCGUACAAGACGACGGCGAGUGCGAGACCCUUGGGGAAACUGGUGUGAUGCAAAGGAUUUGGAAGGACAGACAUUUGAGCAUCUGUCUGCUGAAGAAUUAGCAAGAAGAAGAGAGGAAGAAAAACUGAAACCUGCAAAAUCUUCUAAAGGUUCAAGACAAAUAAAAAGUUCCUUUGAUCCCUUUCAGCUGAUACCGUGCUGUUUAUUCACUGAAGAAAAACAGGAACCUUUUCAGGUGAAAGUGUCUUCUGAAGCACUUUUAAUAAUGGAUUUGCACUCUCAUGUGUCUAUGGCAGAAGUAAUAGGGCUGCUAGGUGGAAGAUACUCUGAAGCUGAUAAAAUUGUAGAAGUUUGCGCAGCAGAGCCAUGCAAUAGUCUCAGUACAGGACUGCAGUGUGAGAUGGAUCCAGUAUCUCAAACGCAGGCCUCGGAAACGCUGGCUGCCAGAGGAUACAGUGUUAUUGGAUGGUACCAUUCCCACCCAGCCUUUGACCCCAACCCCUCAAUACGAGAUAUUGACACUCAAGCUAAAUACCAGAGUUACUUCUCCAGGGGUGGUGCCAUGUUCAUUGGGAUGAUUAUAAGUCCUUACAACCGAAAUAAUCCUCUUCCAUAUUCUCAGAUUACUUGUCUAGUCAUUAGUGAUGAGAUCAGUUCUGAUGGUUCCUACCGCCUGCCCUACAAAUUUGAAGUACACCAGAUGUUGGAGGAACCUCAGUGGGAAUUAAUAUUUGAAAAAACAAGAUGGAUAAUUGAAAAAUACAGAUUCUGCCAUAGCAGUGUCCCCAUGAAUAAAAUUUUUCAUAGAGAUUCUGACUUGACUUGUUUGCAGAAACUUUUGGAGUGCAUGAGGAAGACCUUGGGCAAGGUAACAAACUGCUUCGUUGCUGAAGAGUUCUUGACUCAGAUAGAAAACUUAUUCCUUUCCACAUACAAGAGUGAGAAAAAGAGUAAUGCCGAAGAAAAUGAGAAUGAAUGUUCAAAUGAACUGCCAGUGUGA